GCGCCCUCCCCUCUCCCCGGGAGCUCGAGAGAGUUGGGCAGAGAGGAAGGUGGCGGCGGGGGAGAGACGCAAACAACUUUUUUGCUUCCAGCGAGUUGCAGGCACCCGGCCCGCCGUCCGCCGGACUUGUAACUUGAGCCUGCAACUGACUGGAGCACGGCGCUGCGAGGCGAGAGGGAGCUGAAAGCCGCCUCGGCGGAGAGACCGAACUAAGCCCGCUCAGGGGGCAACGGCGGCGGGGAGUGAGUGCUUCCUUUCCCCGGUCCUAGGCUCGCCCCGACGCUGGGGAAGCCGGCAAUGGGUAGGAGAGAAACCUCGUGAACCUCCGGCGAACUUUUCCCCUCCAACGUGCAGGGCAGUCGGAGCGGGGCAGGCGGAUGGAGGAUGCGCUCUGCCCGGCGAGCUGUCUAAGAAGGAGGCGGCGGCGGCGAGGGAAGCGCCGGGGACGACGACGAUGAAGCAGCAGCAGCAGCUGCCGGCCUCGCCGCCUCCGAAGCACUACGGUGCGGGCUGUCCGGAGCCCCGGCCUCAUGUGGCCCCGGCUUCUUCGGGGGGUCUCGGUCACGGCAUGGGCUGGAGGAGGAGGAGGAGGCCCUUCUCGCUGCUGCCUUUCUUUUCCCUCCGCGACUACGGCUUCUGCAUGGCCGCCCUGCUGCUCUUCUGCCUAGGCUCCCUCUUCUACCAGCUCAACGGGGGCCCUCCUCACUUUCUGCUGGACCUGAGGCACUAUCUGGGAAAUUCCACUUACUUAGAUGAUCAUGGGCCACCACCUCGUAAGGUUCUUCCAUUCCCAAGCCAGGUGGUAUACAACAGAGUUGGAAAAUGUGGGAGCCGGACUGUGGUUUUGCUGUUAAGAAUUCUGUCCGAGAGACAUGGGUUCAAUUUAGUUACAUCGGAUAUUCAUAAUAAAACCAGGCUUACCAAGAAUGAACAGAUGGAAUUGAUUAAAAAUGUAAGCACUGCAGAGCAGCCCUAUUUAUUCACUAGACAUGUUCAUUUCCUUAAUUUCUCAAGAUUUGGAGGAGACCAACCAGUAUACAUCAAUAUUAUUAGAGAUCCUAUCAAUCGAUUUUUAUCUAACUAUUUUUUUCGCCGUUUUGGAGACUGGAGAGGGGAACAGAACCAUAUGAUCCGUACUCCAAAUAUGAGACAAGAGGAGAGAUACUUAGAUAUUAAUGUAUGUAUUCUUGAGAACUAUCCUGAAUGUUCCAAUCCCAGGUUAUUUUAUAUUAUUCCAUAUUUCUGUGGACAGCAUCCAAGAUGCAGGGAACCUGGUGAAUGGGCCCUUGAAAGAGCAAAAAUGAAUGUGAAUGAAAAUUUCCUCCUUGUGGGCAUUCUGGAAGAAUUAGAGGAUGUGCUGCUUUUAUUAGAAAGAUUUUUACCUCAUUAUUUCAAGGAUGUACUCAGCAUCUACAAAAACCCAGAGCAUAGGAAGCUUGGCAAUCUAACUGUGACAGUGAAAAAAACCGUCCCUUCAACAGAAUCCAUCCAGAUCUUGUACCAGCGCAUGAGAUAUGAAUAUGAAUUCUACUACUAUGUCAAAGAGCAGUUCCACCUGCUAAAACGCAAGUUUGGAUUAAGAUCCUCAAAUGGUAACUCUUCUCCUAGGCCAGAAUUUGCCAUUCCUUCUCCCCUAGAAACUGAAGAGCCAGUAACAGAAGAUGAGGAGCAAGAUGAUGAAAAGUGGUUAGAAGAUAUUUAUAAAAGGUGAUGCAAGACUGAUUCCAAAUUGUUUAAAAAUGCUAAUAAAAAUCUGAAGAAAGUGAGUGAAAGCAGCAUUUAAAAAGACAUUUCCCUUAGAUUGAACUGAUAGAAGCCUUUCUGAAAAAGUGUAUUUGUUGAAAUAUUUUGUUUGUUUGUUUCCUUAGCUCCAUAGAAUUAUUGUAGUUAGAACAUACUUUUAAGUAUAUCAUCUCUUGUUUCAUCAGAAAUAACAUUGAUGUUGUACAAUAUUUUUGUAUAUGGUACCUUCUUUUUGCAGAAUGAUAUAUAUAUAUAUAUAUAUAUAUAUAUAUCACCUCGUUGGUCAUUUGCAAUUUUCACAAAAUUAGCUUGCCUGAUGUAGCAUUUAAUUUGACCUAUUACAGUUUUAUUUGAGCAGAUUGAAAUAAUAGCAUGAUAUAAGAGAUUUGUCAUUGCCUGAAUAAGGAAUACUGUCAUUCUAAAAUAACAAAAUUAUCCAUUGCUACUAAUACCAUUUGGAAAGAUGCAACCAGGCUAUUACCAACAGUCAUAAUAGGAAGAUGAAGCAACCUAAUUAAUGAGUUUUCUGCAGUCUAGCAUGCUCUAGAUAUAUUGGACUACAACUUCAGUGAUUCCCAAUUAGAUCUGUGUUUCCAAUAAUUGGCUGGCAACAAGGAGAGUUGUUACAUGUUUGGAAUUAAAGAAGGUGAGUAUCAUUAAAUAUCAGUACAGUGCUGAAGUUGAGUAUAAUUGAAGAGGAUAAUUAAUAUUAAUGGAUUUUAAACUUAGGCUACAGGGGAAAAUACGGGAUAUUCUUUUUUAUUUGAAGGCGAUCCCUUUUUCCAUAGCAGUUUUGAUAAUAAGCAAAAUACCCAUAAAAGGGGAAUAAGAACUUUAUGGGAUGGGAAGAAUCUUGGAAAAAGCAGUUCUGUAACAUUGUAAAUGCACUAGUUACUGAUGAAAUUAAUUGGCUUUAAUUUGAAGACAUUAUUUCCGAAGGUGGAAAUUUAUAAUGAAUACGCCUCAACUAUUCUGAAAAUUUGAUAUGUACUAACAAACAAGAUUGAAGAUGAAUAUGCUAUGAUUACUUCAGAUGUCAAUUAGUUCUUUUUCUCUCUCGAAGCUGAAGCCUAACUCUUGCAUGUAGAUAAGAAGCAGGUAUUCUUAACAGCAUACUCAACUUGUACUCUGGCUGUAAUACUCAAGAUUUAUUAUUGAUAAUCAAAAAUUACCAUUUGGAGGAACAAAGAUGUAGUAGACGGUUGCGUGUUCUAUUUAUCCAAGUUACUGGUUCUUGUUUUGGUGUGUAUUAGUCAACACCCAUUUAACCAAUUCCCUUUUCAGAGUCGAUGGAUAUCUGUUGCAUUCUGUUUUUUUACAACGCUAAUAGCAGGAUUUGAACACACAAAAUAUGUUGUGACUGAACACUUAACAUGAAUGAAAAAUCUUCUCACUAGGUGGUUCCAGUGCACUACUCUGAAGAAAUACACUGGGAGCUCGAAAUAAUACUUAACCAAAAUGCUGCAUUGUAUAUUUAGUGGUUUCUGUGAAAUUACAUUUAAAGAGUAAUGAUUAGUUUACACACUGUGGAAUUGUUUUCUUUUGGGGAGCAAUUUAAUAUUCACAUGCUGGAAUGUUUAAAAAAAAAGUUAAAAUUUGUGUGUGCUACAAGAAUCCUGGAUUACUUAACAUGUUUGCUUUCUCUGCAGUUUCACUAGAAUCUAUUUUUAUCAUGCUAUUUAAUAUUACUCUUUGCCACAAAUACUUUGAAAUAUUAAAAGCAAGAGCUGCCAGUUGAUUUAUUUGCUAGAUGUUAAUGUUGUAUGUUUUUAUAUAAGCAACUUGACUUCUAUUCUAUUUCCAGAAAGGUACUUCAUAAAUUUAUUUGGCACAUAAGCUUUUAAGAUUUCUGAAAGAACAGGCCAUAUAUCUGCCAUGAAACAAUGAACUUUCAAUAAUUUAAAAGCACAUUUUAAGUUUGCUCAUUUUUUUACUUAUUUAUUGUGACUUUUCAGCACAUUCCAAAUUUUAAGUUGCUCAGGAAAGAAAUUCAUUUGAGUCAUUUUCUUUUUCUUUUCUUUUUUCAAAAAUAAUGAUUGUUGUUAUAGAGCCUUCAGCCCAUGAAAACCUUCUAGAAAGUGCCAUAUUUGUUUGUAAAUCUCUGUGAGAGAGAAAGAUGAAUUCUUGGAAUAUGUGAAAAUAAUAAAGAGAAUAUAUGUACAUUAGGUUGGUUAUAAAUUAAAACAGCCAAUAUUUGAAUUAAAUAUAUCUUAACUUAUUCACUGACUUUUUGAUCUAACCUGUCUAUUUUUAAUGCACUAACAUUUCCACACUGCUUGUUCUUCACACUAGAGUCAUAUAGUUAAUUAUAUGACUUUUGCCUCCUUCCCCUGCCCCAUGUCUGAAUGUUAAAAGUUUUUCCAUUGAAUCACCCUAAAAAUGUUUAUUGUAGUUUAUUGGCUGAAGGUCGUACUUCAGUUGGGUUCUUCUGAUAUCACUAUGUGAGAAAUAUGAUCAAUAGUGGAGCUGUGCUACAUUGCCCUCCCAGUGUAGUUACAUAAUUGAUAAUAAUUAUUGUUUUGUUCCAUGCACAGCUAAGGUAUUGUUUUAGCUAGUGUAAAUAAAGGUGAUGGAGAAUAAUUGCUGUUCAGGCUAAAAUUACUUGGCAAAAGUGCUCAGGCAACCUUAUGAAGUUUUAUAAAUGAUCUUAAAACGCUUUGAAUUAAAAAAUUGGAUUAAGAAAUGGCCCACUCAAGUAUACUGUAUAAACUUCUAAGGUACAGUUGCAUUGCAGUUAGUUAUCUAAAAUAUCCAUACAUAAUUCUGAGGUUAGAAAGUAUUUUAAAGGCAGUUGUAUUUUUUUUAUCAGCAUUUUAGUGUCACCUGAUCUUUAUGAUGAACAGCCUUCAUUCUGUAGUAGAAUUUGAUAACUCAAGCCAAGUAAUCAAAACUGAAUGCUUUUAAGAUCUAGUAUUGUAAUUAAUAUAAAAGAAGCUAUAGACUCCCAACAAGUUUUAGAGGGGAGUAAAAGAAUCCUUUUUUUUUUUCUUAAGAAAAUCUUCAUGUUGAAUUGUGUAUUCUCACCUAUUGUUUACCAAACUUGCAUUUGAAAAUAAAUACAUUUCAUGCAUUUUAAUAAAGGCCUGUAAUUUGCAACAUUAAA